AUGCCGGCUACAACGCUUACCGGGGAAUGCGCCUCCAUGCAACGAUUUGACGACGAAAGGGAGGACGAGAGGCGGCAGGAGCGGCUGCAGAAGUUGCGGCGAGACGCGGAGUACGAGCGGCUGCUGGGAAGCGACGAGAUGGCGGAGGUGCUGAUGUACGGCGCUAGCAGCCGCGAGGAGCGCAUCAUGCAGAUGGAUGCGCUGGUGGAAACGCAGCGAAAGAUAUCCUGGCGCGCCAGCACGGCGCACGCUAUUGUGCUCUCUGCGAACGUGCUUACGAUGGCCAUCAUGGCUUCGCAGCUCGCCAUGUACCGCUGGAAGGUUACGGAGGUCCAAACGCUCACCGAGGCGACUGCCAUCAUUCAGCAACAAAUCAUGAGGGCGCGAAAAAGCGGGUUAAAAGUAAGGCGUGCAGCAGCGACGACAUCGAGUCGAGCAAAAAUCUUCACGCGUAGCUCGCCGCUCGCUGCUCACUCUGCAGCGGACCGAAACGAUCCCCCUUGGGCAGAUGAAAAGGAAGGAGAUGCGGCGGCAUCCGCGGGUGGCGAGGCCGCGCAUACGAUGAAUGAGGAUGAGCGGAACGCGCGUCCGGCGAGUGCCUGCUCCUCCAUCUGUAGCGCGGAAGGGGAGGAGUUGGAGUUGGGGCAGAACCUCCCGCGAGACGACAUGGUGGCGCGACUGGUGGUGGUGGACGUCUGCACACACGAGCCGUUUCGCGACAUCGUGGAUUACCUGCGCUACUUUGACCGCGAGAACAAUAUGGGCCUCAUCAUUGUCUUGAUGCUCCACGAAAACUACGACAGCCACACACCCGGGAUGCUUCGCCUGCCAAAGCACAGCACCACCGCGGCGGAGGCGUACAGCUUCGGCUACGACUUGGUGCUGCGCCGUUGCUUUGACCACACCGUCGUUAACUUUUUCACCGAGAUGUUUAUGUCUUCGGCCGGGCGGUGGUGCAACGACAUACGCUCCAAGGGGGUCGUUGGCAACUACCGGGGCAUGCGGCAAAUCCUCCUGGAGAAUGAUGACAUGGGGCAACUGGGCGGCGGCCUCGCGGAUCUCGAGGCCCACAACGGCAACGACAACGUCGGUCUCUCGCGAUACCUGCAAAAUAAGCGCGUGCCUCAGUCCAGCGCCACAUCGGUGAUGCCGCAGCCGCAGGAUCUCCCGAACGUUAGCAGCGCCGUUAGCAGUGCCCGUCAGCACCACCAUGAGCAGCCCCCGCAGCAUCUCAGCUCCAUGUUUGGCAUUAAGGACGCCCUGGCGCACCUCAUGACCCCGGCGAAGAGCGUAAAACACGUCACGAAGCGUUCACUUUCCAUGUCGGGUUUUCCGGGAGACUCUCGCACCGGCACCAUCAGCAGUGGAAGAGAGGAGAGCGAGGAGCUCUACGAGGACGUGCUUGUGGAAGAGAAGGAUGAGGUGGAGGCCACUGUUGCCGCUGCCUACAAGGAGGAGAUCUUACGGCUUCUGACGGAUCUGGAGUGCAGUAACCGCACCGUCAUCCUCCUCAGGGAGGAGAUCGCCUACCUGCAGGAGUCGAUACUCUCCAGCACGAACCUUGCCACUCACUCUUCCCAACUCUCCACCUCCAACAACGACACUGUUGUGGAUAAACACACCUCCAUUGCAAAGGAGCAGCAGAUCAUGAUGCUGCGGCAGCGGCUCUUCUCCCUAUCAGAGAAGCUUAUGGCGUACGAGAUGCAGCAAAAGCUGCAUCCGCAGAGCAGACAGAUCCAGAGGCAGCGGAGCAAGGACGGGCAAAUGUCACACACCCCGGCGGAUAGGUUCUGCACGGCAGGCUCGGAGGAGGAGACCCAAGACUUUUCAGACGCCACGAUGUUGCAUCGCUUUCAGCCUCUGGAGAGCUCUCGCAUAGAGCGCACUAGCUGCAGGUUGCAAACCCCCACUACCUCGUUGUUUUCCACGCGUCCGGAGGAGGUAAACAUGGUUGACGCGCAGAAUACGACUGCCUUCCCGUUGGUAAAUCUGCAGCAGGAUGACAAAGGCGCGAGUUCGGGAGGAAGCGAGUUAGAGCUUGUGCGUCGAUUGGAGAAUGAGAAUAGGCAUAUGGGGGAACGCCUUUGCGACGCCCUCGAAACUAUCGUCGCGCAAAGACAGCUCAUCGCACAACUAGAGGAGAAUGUAAAUACGGCAAAACAAGGGAAAAAAAGCAAGAAAGACAAGAAACGGGUAGAGGAGUAUUCGGAUGACGACGACGGCGCCGGGCAACACCGUGGGGAGGGGGGCGGUGGCGGUACAAAGACAAGGCGCGGGAAGACGGGCGCACUGACUUCUUCCGGCCGCAACUCUUCGUGGGUCGGAGACGCCGUGCCGAGGGUGUUCACAAAACUCCCCAGCCCCACCUUUACCCGAGAGGAGCGGAGUGGAACACGGGUGAAGGACGUGCAGCGCGAGGGGGCGCAUGGGCGACUCAAACAUCGUCAGGAAGAGAUGGGAACAAAGUUGCCCUCUCAUGUGGCGGUUCCAGGGCGGCAGCGCAAGGCAGGUACGCAGGGGCCAGGGAAACGGUCUCAGGUAAGACCACACGAUACGCCCACGCACAAGCCUCUGUUGGCGUCGGAAAAAGAGCCCGUGAAGGAGUUUAAGAAUGACAAGCAUAAUUCGAAUGAAUUGAAACAUAUUUUUAGUGACAUAGCUGCAGCAAAAUCGGGUGGCAACGAGGAGGCGGCGGAGGAAGUGCGAUCCCAGGCACGCGAGGUGGCGCAGAAGUGUGCGGCGCGACAGCUGGAGGCCAACGGAUUGAAGAAGACACUGCAGGAUGUGGAGGUGGUAACGCACGGCAAUCGUGACAGCUCCGUUGAAACGCCGCGGCAGGUCCACUGGGGGGCCGCCAAGACUGCGGAGGAGGUUCUUGAGCGUGGGGAGAAUACCGAGGCCUUUGCGCAUGCAGUACUCUCUGCACAUGCGGCAGAGCAGAAGGUGCCUCGCUUGCCGCGAGGCGAAGUCAAAGAGGUAGUAACCGACGGCACAGGAGGAGCAAGCGCGGACUGUGGCGAUGCCACGAUGAAUGAGGGGGGUGAUAUCGUUGAAAGCGACGACAGAAGAAACGGUGGUGUUGGGGUGAGGCGUGAUUCCUCACAUAAACGGUCGCACCCAGACCUCGACGGUAGUUUGCAAGGGCCCAGGCGUUUCCAUCACGAGAGGCGCGAAAACAAAGAAGAACGAAAUCAAAACAAGCCCCCGCCGAAGAUGUACCGUGUUCCAGAGGGCGGAGUUGCCUUACCAGUAACCCAAAUGAAGCAGUCUCUCGGCGCGGUGAUGAACUCAUCCCGAGACCCGGACGAGGAAUCCAUGCGGACGAUUGGGAUUGAGUUGUACCUGGACCACCAUCAGGCACUCCUACGUUUCAUGCAGCAGGUGGGCAGUUAUAACGCGAUACUGCGGACUGUCUUGCAGGAGCCAGCGGAGGAGUUGGAGAAGCAAAUCAGAGAAGAAGUAUAUCGCAGAGACGGUAACGUGAGCGCCCAAUUUUUAAUCGCCAUGGAUACGGCGCUUCUAUCGCGUCUCGCAGCGCUGUUUAGCGACGAUGAAAGCCUCAGAGCCCGGUCUCUCUUGGACGUCCCGCCCCCAGAGAGUGGGCUCCUUGAAUCCCCGGCGUCGCCCCAAUAUCACCGGAGCACCGUUUCGUUUGGUAGCCCGCGUGGCUCGAGAAGCCCAACAGCGGUGGAGGAGGUGGAGAGGUUGCUGAACCGGUUGGAUAUCACCGUGGACGAGAUUCCCUUGUGGAUGCUUGACCUCCUUGAGAGCGGUGACGCGGAGGCCGCUGCGCUGCUGCGCGAGGACCCCGACGUCUCGCCGUGGGUGCGGGAGGCGCUGGUGAGCAUUGAGGAGGCGCAGAAGAAGCAUGGGAAGGGCAUAACGGAGCUGUUGCGCGAGCACCGACAAAAGGUUUUGCGGGAUAGACUGAGGCGCUCCAGGUGGGCCAACGCGGUGAGGAACCGCUUCAGUAGUAGUAGUAGUAGUAGUAGUAGAAGCAGCAGCAGCAGCAGCGACAACAGUGGAGGCAGCGAGGAUGCGAAGGAGGUGGAGGGUCCGCCUUCAGUGAGUGCAUCGCCGCGGCGUGUCGUGUCGACUUCCGCGUACCGCUGUGGGGUUCCACUAAAGCAGCGUCGCGCCUUGCUGCGUUGUAUCUCGCUCCGCAACCAAGAUAUCUUUCAGUUGGAGCCUAAUGGCGACGUGGCGCAGGAGGUGUCAAGACGGCUGCUGCGGCUGCGACGCCGCGGCGCUAGUUAUCAGGACGUCCUGCCACCGGUAGUGGCGCGAGGGCUGUCACGCGAGCAGCAGGCCCAGUCGAUGCAUGAAGUCUCCGGUGUGGCGUUGCCGCUCGAGGUGCCACAGGGCGUCGUGUGCGCGCGUAGCAGAGGCCUUAACCCCGCCAGACACGGCGUCACUUGCAAGGCGGGGGAGGUGAGCUACUCCCCCUUCACCCCAGAGGAGCUUGCGGAUCGUAUAAUGUCGUACCGUCUUGCCUUCUCGCGGCUCCGAGGAACAGACAGGCUUCCUGCAGGCAUGACGGCGGUGCUUCCCAGCUUCGCAAUCCCUGUCGCGGCGGCCUCCAUACCGGCGGCCUCACCCAUCGAUGCCGGGCCCAUGAGAAGACCUCUGCCGCACCGCCAGGGGUUGCAGGUUGAGUACGCCUCGUGGAUCUACGGUGUUCCAACGGAGCAGCUGUUUCCGAUGCUGCGCCGGGAGCAGCCAGAGGCGAGCGACGCCGUUGUGUUCCUUCCUGCCCGCUCCUACGCCAACGCGAGCGGCACGAACGCUACCCACCACAUUGGCACCGCGUUUGUUCGACGGAUGCUCGCGCGCGUGGAUUUGUUUUCCUCCCCUGCCACCUUUGCGGCGCGCCGGCUGAACGAGCAGCUUCGGGCGGCGAUGCCGGAGUGGCAGAGGGGCGUUAUAGGCAGGGCCAUCACCCCCGCCACCCGCGAGAGUCAGACACGGAGGCCACAACCUUCCGAGGCGAUGACAACAACAACAGCACCACAGGCGCCGUUGCCGCAACGGUCCGCGCCAAAAGAGGAGCAGUAG